AUGGCGGCAGUAGACUUUUCAAAUGUCUACUCCGCUACUUAUAGCAGUGUUCCGGUGUUUGAAUUGAAGAUUGGCACGGAGAGUGUCAUGCGGAGACGGUCCGAUGAUUGGAUCAAUGCGACACACAUAUUAAAAAUGGCCGGGUUCGACAAACCGGCGAGAACCCGUAUCCUCGAGCGUGAAGUACAAAAAGGAGUCCAUGAAAAGGUCCAGGGCGGGUAUGGCAAAUACCAAGGCACAUGGAUCCCGCUUCCUGAGGGCCGUAUGCUCGCCGAACGUAAUAAUGUCAUCGACAAACUACGGCCGAUAUUCGACUUUGUCGCUGGCGAUCGCAGCCCUCCACCGGCGCCAAAACACACUUCCGCUGCAUCGAAGCCGAGAGUCCCAAAAGCCAGCAAGAGAGUCGUGAAUGAAGAAGUGUUCACCGCUGCCAAGCCCCAUCGAAGCAUGGGUCCUCCCAGUUUUCACCACGAGCAGUAUGAUAUCAAUGCUGGGUUUGACGAAGACGAGUCUAUCGAACAAGCAACACUUGAAUCAUCGUCGAUGAUUGCAGAUGAGGAGUUCAUUUCCAUGUCGCAUAAUGGCACCUACUCCUCAAGGAAACGCAAGCGGGGAAUGAACGAAGUUGCUGCCAUGUCAUUAAGCGAACAGGAACAUAUCCUUUAUGGCGACCAGCUUCUGGAUUAUUUCAUGACUGUCGGGGAUGCGCCAGAAGCCACUCGUAUUCCUCCUCCACAACCACCGGCUAAUUUCCAGGUGGAUCGCCCAAUCGACGAUUCGGGGAAUACCGCUCUACACUGGGCCUGUGCAAUGGGUGAUCUGGAAAUUGUCCAAGACUUGCUCCGUAGAGGAGCAGACAUCAAAGCGCUGUCUGGCGAUGAAGAAACACCGCUAGUACGCGCCAUUUUAUUCACCAAUAACUACGAAAAACGAACGUUUCCAGCACUUUUGGACCUGCUGCUAGACACCAUUUCAUUCAGGGACUGGUUCGGUGCCACCUUAUUCCACCAUAUAGCACAAACAACGAAGAGCAAAGGAAAAUGGAAAAGCUCUCGGUAUUACUGCGAAGUGGCACUCGAGCGGCUACGCACUACGUUCACCCCGGAGGAGGUUGAUCUGUUGCUUUCCUGCCAGGACUCCAAUGGAGAUACUGCGGUCCUAAUCGCUGCUCGAAACGGAGUCUUUCGCUUAGUCGACGUGCUUUUAUCCCGUUGUCCACGAGCCGGUGACUUGGUGAAUAAGAAAGGCGAAACUGCUUCAAGCAUCAUGCAACGAGCACAUCCAUUAGAAAGAGACCUCCCGCCCGCUCCCUCAUCAAUUACUAUGGGAAAUGAUCACAUAGAUGGCGAAAUUGGGCUACUUAACAAUUCGGAGCCCCCAUCUAUCACGUUACCACACGACGUCUCACCUGCCACUGCGCAACUGCUUUCACGCAUUGGUGUGAUCAUGACAGAAGCAAACAAGAAGCUUGCUGCAAAUUAUGGCGGCGCAAAGGCGAGCCAGCAAGACUCAGAUGACGUUGCCAAUCCAGAGGCACUAUAUGAGCAACUGGAAUUAGAUCGACAGAAGAUUCAGAAACAAACCGACGCACUGACUGCAAAGGAGGCUGCCGAGGAAUCGAGCGAUGCGCAGCUCGGGCGGUACGAGCAUAUGAGAAACAGUUACGAGUCUCUUCUAGAGCGGAUUCAGCGAACGCGCUUAAAGGAGCGUCUAACCUCCGCCCCAGUUCCUCCUCCGCCAUUAGCCCCAUCAUCGACUGAGCAGGCCAAACUUAUCGCUUCCUUUCAAGCAGCUCGCACAUUAUGCGCUGAACAGAAAACACGACGUGUUGCGGUGAAGGAGUUGACCCAACAAAGAGCUGAUGCUGGCGUCAGCACAAAGUUUGAUGUCCAUCGCAAACUCGUGGCACUCGCUACAGGUCUCAAAGAAGAGGAGCUGGACCCGAUGGCCGCAGAAUUGGCGGAAACUCUAGAAUUUGACCGAAUGAACGGGAAAGGUCCUGGAUUCGAGUCCCCAGAGACAGAUCAUAAAGACGGGGCCAUUCAAUUCUCAGGCCCGAUAGUAUCCGUGGAUGCAUGA